AUGCAUCCUAAGAAUAGUCUCACGCAGGCACAGCCUGCCAGAAUGAGUUAAUAUUCCAUACGUAACACCCCACCGUAACACACAAAAUUUAUUUUUGAAAGGAAAAGCAUAAACCAUUAACUCACCAUCAGUUUCGCCACGAACAAGUCCUCAUUUCAGUGCCCUCUUUCUUUUUAUCCUCAUCUUUCUCCAUCCUCUUUUUAAUCUUAUCACUCUCAACAGGUAACAAACGAGUUUUUUAUAUUAUGGAGUGCAUUGAAGCAAGAGCGUUGAAAUCGAGCUUUCUUUCUCAAACUUCCAUGAAAGCUAAUUCACAAGUGCUGUUUAACGAUGAUGGGUGGUGUUGGAGUGGAAUUAACAGCGGUCCAUGUGAUGAUUUUCCGGUUGAGGACCUUCUUAAUCUUGAUUUUUCUGAUAAGGAUUUUCAAGAGGGGUUGUUUUUAAAUGAAGAUGGACAAGAGAAGGGUGUACAGCACAGAAAUUCGAAUUCUUCAUCCACUUUUUCUGGCGUCGAUGACUUUGAUAACGUCCCCUCAGGCGAACUCUCCGUUCCGAUUGAUGAUUUGGAGAAUCUCGAGUGGCUUUCUCAAUUUGUGGAUGAUUCUACGUCAGGGGUUUCAUUAUUAUGUCCGGACGGAAGUUUCAUGGAGAAGGCUGGAGAAUUUUCGGAGAACCAAAUUGUACCGGUGAGUAGACCGGUGGUUCAGAAAAUCCGUGUUCCAUGUUUCCCGUUGCCGGUUCCGGGAAAAGCAAGGAGCAAACGGCAAAGGCCGAAUGGGAAGACUUGGUCCUUGUCGUCACCGGCGUUGAGCGCCGCCGAAUCUUCUUCUACGACGUCGUCUUCAAUUGGGUCCUCCACGUUGUCUCCUUUUGUGUUAAAAACCCCGGUUCAUGACAUGGAUUGGUUUUCCUACGUGGAAAAACCGCCAGCGAAGAAGCAAAAGAGAAAACCAAAGGCUGAAAGCGGUUCAGUGUCGGGCAGUUCCCAGACUCUUCGUCGGUGUACCCACUGUCUGGUUCAGAAGACUCCACAGUGGCGAACCGGGCCGUUGGGUCCCAAAACCUUGUGCAACGCUUGUGGUGUGAGGUACAAGUCCGGUCGACUUUUCCCUGAGUAUAGACCGGCUUGUAGUCCCACUUUCUCUCAAGAUGUCCACUCGAAUAGUCACCGGAAGGUUUUGGAAAUGCGGCGGAAGAAGGAAGUUCUUGGGGUGGCAGACACCGGUCCGACCCCAAUCAAUCCGUGUUUCUGAGGUUAGGAUAGGAUUUAUUAUGAACCGGUUAUCGAAACCGGUCCGGUAGGUCUAGCUAGGCUGCGGUUCAAAUGUACAAUUUUGGUGGUGGAUAGUAGGCUGGUAGGUGGUAGGCAUAGAUCUUCUACGGAAAUUGUUGAGGUUAUGAAUUUAGGUUUUAAUUUUAAUUAAAUUUAAUUUUGGUUGUAAUUUUUUA